CUCGUAUUCGUCUUUUUGCCGCCAUCCGUCACUUUUCAGAUUCAAAUUUUCACCAGCAGAGAGCUAACUGAGGCAUGCUUCCUGUACACCUUUUCCCCCAAUGCAUAUUUAGGUCGCCGUUUUCAAAUUUUCCGAAACAAACAUAAAGUGUAGCCAAGCAUAAGGAGACCAUCUUGCAGAUCGGGGACUUGGAAUCCUCAUUCGGUGCCUAUCAAAGAGAUUGUUGUUGAUUGUAAUAUCGAUAUUUACGAGCUCCACUUUGACCUUCAUAAGCAUACGUUUUUUCAUUUACGGUUUCAAAAUGCUAAGAAUUCCGGUUGCUCCUGCCUCAUGAGUUCAGAUUGACAUUGCUUUGAAACUUACUAACGAUCUGUGCGAACUGCUCGACUUUUUCUGAUUAAGGCACUUCUCCAAUAGUCCAAUCUCCAUGCAGCUUUGGUGAUCAUUUCUAUUUUUAAGAUCCAUUAGACAAAAUAAGUUGUGUCAUAUAUUUCGGAGGUUGAAAUGAGGUGCAAUGCAUGCUGGAUAGAAUUGGAAGGGCAAGCCAUCUCCACCACAUGUGGUCACAUCUUCUGUACAGAAGAUGCCGAUAAAAUUCUCAGUACUGAUGCUGCUUGCCCUAUAUGUAGUCAAGUCCUCUCUAAAAGUCUCAUGAAGCCUGUAGAUAUCAACCCAAGUGAAGAUUGGAUAAAUAUGGCCAUUGUUGGGGUGGCACCGCAAAUAUUGAUGGAGAGUGCUUAUAGAAGUGUGGCGUUCUACAUUGGACAAAAGGAAUUGGAAAUGGAAUCUAAAAUGAACAGGAUUGUAACUCAGUGCAGGCAGAAAUGUGAGGUCAUGGAACAACAAUUCUCUGAAAAGUUGGAACAAAUGCAAACGGCAUAUCAGAAGAUGUCUAAGAGGUGCCAAAUGAUGGAACAAGAGGUUGAGAAUUUGUCUAGAGACAAGAAAGAGCUUCAAGAAAAGUUUGCUGAAAAAACCAGACAAAGGAGAAAACUUGAAGAGAUGUACGAUGAAUUGAGCAGCGAAUAUGGAUCAGUAAAGCGGGCAGCCAUUCGUCCUGCUCCUAAGUGUUAUUCAAGAAUGAACCCUAAUAAUCUCUUCUCAAAUCCUGCUAAUAUGACACAUUACAGAGAUCAUAUCAGAAAAGAGUGGUCAGUUUCAACUCCUGACACACCUGGGCCCAGAGAAGGUAUAUGGCCACCUCCAGCAAGACAAAAUACUAGUGACUCUGGCCCCUAUGAGAUAUCAAGUGACUCCGCCGCAAAACAACCAGGAAUUUCAAUGGAUGGUGGAAACACCACUGGUGCUCGUCCAGUGUUUGGCCUUGAAACUGUGGGUAGCAACCCUUCAAUGAUCAUCAGAAACCUCAUCAUUUCACCGAUAAAGAGGCCUAAUAUAGGUCUCCGCCAACUCCAACUAUCCUCAUAAAUCUCUACUUUACAUGUGACAUCCCUGUCUUUAAACUUCACCCAAUAACAAUUAUACUCUGUAAUAGUUAUAACAAUGAUAACGAUGAUGAACAUAAUAGUAAAUAAUAUUAAUGAUAAAAAUAAUGAUAUUAAUAAUAAAAAAU